UUUCAAAAAUCACGUGACCCUGAUAAUGUAAACAAACCUGGGAUUUUCAAAUCGUGCACGUAUAGUAAAUUUCAAUUUCAAUCUCAAUUUUUUCUUGCAAAAUAAUGUCUGAAUUUGCUCAAUAUCGAGACAUCUCCAAUCGUCUUAAGAAACGAUUCAAUUUAAUCCGUAAACCUAAUCUUAAAGAAUCUUCAGAAUCUUAUCGUAAACUUGCACAACAAUUAACGCCCUUCCCAAAUUAUUCAGGUUAUUGUAUGUAUUCAGCAGCUAAAUGUGAACAUCAAAUUGUUGGAUCAUUAAAAGAGCAAUUAAAUCAAUCAUCUAACUCUAUAACUGGAGAAGCUCAAAAAGCUGAUUCUCAAUCAAAUGUUUCCAUAUUACCAUCAUCAUCAUCGAAUCGUGCAAAUCAAGCGCUAGAAAAUCUUUUAUCUGAAGCAUUAUGGACUGAAUUUCAAUCAUGGUUGGAUACGGCAAGAAUAUUCAGCCAAACUGACCAAAUGGAGGUGGAUAUAAACGGUGCCAUAUCGGCAUAUGCUCAUGCUAUACAAACAUGUCCAUCUCCACGUAUGUUAUCGGUGGUGUUGAUCGAAUUGGCAUCACUUUACCUCAAACAUCAACGAUUUUACGAAGCUGCAGAAUCUUUUAUUGAAGCUGGACAAUUUCGUGAAGCAAUCAAUUGUCUACUUCGUGGUCAUUUCUAUCAAGAUGCCUAUCAUUGUUAUCAGGAAAUGUUCAAGAAACAGCCUAAUUUUGAAAAUUUUUCCAAUCUUACUGAUGUGAUAUCAACAAAAACUUCAUCAAACAUGCAUGCGAAAACAGCGACAAAUUCUAACUCUUCUGUUUCACAACAAAAAUCUUCAAUUCUCUCAUUGUUCAAAAAGAAACAGCCAAAUUUAGAAACCUUACUGAAAUCACCUGAUGAUCCGAAAUCUGAUUCAAAUUCACUUCGUAAUCGUAAUCCUAGGUUUCCUCCCUUCAAAGUUGAAGGCAAUAAUCCGUUUGAUUUUUGUGAAAAUCAAUUAACUAUUGAUGAUUAUAUAACAUUUUUUCUACUACGUCUUUAUUUAUAUGAUCCGGUUAAAUAUGAAUAUCCAUCACCAAUCAUUCCAAUACCGAAACAUUCGAUCGUUAGACGAUUUGAAGAUGAAUGCGAUCAAUAUAUACAAGAUCUUGAUGAUGAUUCGGUUGAAUUUUGUUCCGGUACGAUUAAAGAUGGAUCAACUAUUAAAUGUUCAUCAAGUAUAUUUUUAAAAGCAUCGAUAUUAUCAUUACCAUUCAUCGACAUGAUUAACAGCCGUUGGAUCGAUCGAUCAAUCGAUGAUGUGAUAAAAUUAAAUCAUCUUUUGGAAACACUAUAUCUUUCUUACCGUAAUGAACUUAGAUCAUCGUUAGAUAAUGAAUAUUCUGAUUAUGACAUAAUUCAACCGCCGCUCUCAUCAAGUGGUGAUGAAAUUGAUGAUGAUGAAGAAAUAAAGACUAAAUCAAAAGAAAUUUCUGGAUCUUGUAAAAAACAUGAUUCAGAAGAUUCAGAAGAAACCGAAUUUGCCGAUGAGGAUAGUUUCUCUUCAAUUAUGGGCACAAGUACACGUUAUGAUUCGAAAGAUUCUAGUGAUGAUGAACAUCUAUGUAGUAAUGAUGCCAAUAAAUUACAACAUCAUUUUCAUUCGAGUAAAACAUUGACAGCUCCAGGUGCAGUACCAGCUAGUCCAGGAUUAAAAUUAUUAGAAACCGGAGAACUAGAUGAUAUAAGUGCCCGAUUAAGUUUUUUGGCUAACCAUAAGACACCAUCAUUUUCGAAUGUUCACAUAAGAAAAGAAUCGGUUGAUUCAAAAAUGGAUAAUAUGGAAUUUAUUUUAAAACCGAAAAAAUUAGAAAGUCGUGUCAAAGAGAAACUGGAACAAGUUGAACUUAAAUGGAUCAGUAAAUAUAUUCCGGAUGAAUCAAAUGAUGGUUGUCGUAAUAAAUUGGAAGAACAAUUGUUUGAUGAUGAUCAUGAUGAACAUAAUGAUCAUAUUCGACAAGAAAUUGCUAAACAGCUUCAUCCAUUAUUAAAUUGUAAUCAGAUACAAUUACUUUAUGAUAUUUUGAGAGAAAAAGAAUGAUUUUUAUUUAAAUUUAUGAAAAAUAAAAUAAAAAAAAUAAACAUUA